ACUGAGCCGGCCGGGCUAUAAGAGGCCCUGGGAGGCCCCCAGCCCCACAGCGCCACCCUCGUCUUUGUGCCCUGCAGACCAACUGGAGAGCUCCCAAUGACCAGCCCGCCCAUGGAGGCCCUGGGCCAGUUCAAGCUCACGGUCUGGGAGGAGGAGAAUUUCCAGGGCAAGCGCAGCGAGUUCCUGCUGGAGUGUCCCAGCGUCAUGGACCGCGGCUUCCGCAAGCUCCGCUCCAUCAAGGUGGAGAAUGGCCCCUGGGUGGGCUUCGAGUACCCGGAGUACCAGGGGCAGCAGUUCAUCCUGGAGAAGGGCGACUACCCCCGCUGGGAGGCCUGGAGCGGAAACAGCGGCUACCGAACCGAGCACCUGCUGUCGUUCCGGCCCAUCAAAUGCGCUAACCACAGCGACAGCAAAGUCACCCUCUACGAGGCGGAGAACUUCCAGGGGCGGAAAUUUGAGCUGAGCGACGACUUCCCCUCGCUGCAGGCCAUGGGCUGGGGCAACAAAGAGGUGGCCUCUAUCAAGGUGAACUCGGGAGCGUGGGUCGCGUACCAGUACCCGGGGUACCGGGGCUACCAGUACGUGCUGGAGCGGGACCGGCAGAACGGCGAGUUCCCGAAGUACACAGAGUUCAGCUCACAGGCCCACACCAACCAGGUCCAGUCCAUCCGCCGCGUCCAGCACUGAGCCGGGGCCGGCCCCGCGCCCGCUACCGAAUAAAGACGUCUCG